CGCCACUGAGUACCGGUCUGACUUCCCACUUUGGCAAAAAAAAAAGCCCGAAACGUUCGAAACAUGAUUUCCACGCUCUUAAAAAGACUUGAGAAAGUGCUUUAAAGCGGACGCCCAGUGCUGUCUCUCUCUCCAAGUGUCUCUCUGCUUCAGGCAAAUGAAUGAGGAUCGCGAUGCUUCUUACUUUUGCAGCUCUCUCUCUCGCCUUACAAGAUCAUUUUGUGCAUUUCAACUUUUGAAUAUCAAAAAACAAGUCAAGGAAUGUUUAUUUUUUCUUUAAUAAAAUAAUGACAGGUCGGUUUAUUAUGACUUUUAUUUAGAAUGUAAUAUGUGGCAUUUUGCAUACUGUUUUCCUUUACUGGUGGGAUAAGGAAACAAAAAGGUGUAACAAGCGUUUGGCGGACAACUGUGGGUUUCUGCGACUAGGCUAACUCUUACAAUCCAAGGAGUGAUGGGGGGCAUAAUCAACCGGAUCCCCUCUGAUUGAUUACUUAUUAGUCAUCCCUUUGGCUUAAUGAGACCCAUUGAAAAGGCACAGUAGAACACCUGCAUGAAUCAAAUAUUCCUGUGUCCCUUCAAUCUCUCCAGAAGAGUCUUACUUUUGCUUAAACGCGGGCAAGGAAAGGGGGUCGUGGCUUAACAUUAGCCAAUAAGGGGGAUAUUACAGUAUCGCUUCAUGGGUUUAUUUAGUCUGAUUCUACGGUUUGACAAGCAGCUGUAAAGAAAAAAAAACAGAAAGAGAAACUCGGGAAGAUUUUUAUAGAGGAGCAUUGUGGACCUACGAUUUUUAUACUUGUCGAAUUUAUAUCUAUUCAUUGCUCUUUAUAUAUUUUUAUCACCCCUUCUCCUGAAAAUGAAACUUUUGACUUUUCCCUGGCUGCCUUGCCUGGUGAUACUCAUCUUAUGUUUUGGAUCAGAGUGCGGGACUGUCCGGAGAAAGGGGAGAUCCAAAAGGGACUUGGUGCGUAUCAGGGAGGCGAGAGCCACCUUCCCAGGGGCUUGUGCCACACGUCUGCCGCGGGGCAAACGCUCCUUGCCCGGCAUGGAACGACGGGUGCCUCGCCAGCUUCGGCGCUCCUCUCAGGCGGAGGAGAACUCUCCAAGUCGGGUGAAAGCUGUUUAUUUUACCGGCAGGGGAGACCAACUUCGGCUUAAACCGGGCGUGGAGAUACCGAGAGGGAAUUUUACUCUGGAGAUGUGGAUCAAACCAGAGGGAGGUCAACGAUCUCCUACGGUGAUUGCAGGUCUGUACGAUAAAUGUUUCUACGCCUCCAGCGACCGGGGUUGGCUGCUGGGCAUCCGGGCAGUCAGCGAGCAGGGCAACCGUGACCCACGCUUCUUCUUCUCCCUAAAGACGGACCGUGCCCACAAGGUCACCUCCGUCCACUCCAACGCCCGCUACCUGCCCAACACCUGGGCCCACCUGGCAGUCACCUACGACGGCCUCUACAUGAAGCUCUACGUCAACGGCGCCCAGGUGGGCGUCAGCCGUGAACAGUCGGGCAAUGUCUUCAGCCAUCUGACCAAGAAGUGCAAGGUGCUGAUGGUGGGCGGGAACGCUCUGAACCAUAACUACCGGGGGACUGUGGAGAGGGUAAGUCUGUGGAGGGAGGCCCGGGGACAGAGGCAGAUAAUCAGGGACAUGCAGGGUCAUGAAAAUCCUCAAGAUGCACCUCAGCUGGUGAUCAGGGAGACCUUUGAACACCCUGCCCGGAAGUGGCUGACGGUAAAGGAUGGGAGCUUCCCCCAGCCAGAGGAGGGUAGCAGCAGGGUGGGUCAGGCUGGAGUAGGGGUAGGAGAAGGUGGAACUGGAGGGUCCCUGGACACCACACUGGAACCCCCGCCCUGUGGUCAAACUGUCUGCGACAACGUGGAAGUGGUGACCAACUACAACCGCACCUGGACCUUCCGGAAGUCCAAGACGGUGCGUUACCGCGUGGUCAACGUGUGGGACGACGCUCGGCGCCAGCCCACUGUCACGCCUCGUCAGAUCCACCUGCAGCACCAGCAACUCAACAACGCCUUUGCCGUCUACAACAUCACCUGGGAGCUGAGCGUCCACAACGUCACCAACUCCUCGCUGCGCCACCGUCUGGUCCUGGCCAACUGUGACAUCAGCAAAGUGGGAGACGAGGCGUGCGACCCAGAGUGCAACCACACGCUGACGGGUUUAGACGCAGGCGACUGUAUCAGGCACCGCAGCCACUGCCCUCAGUCCAAACAGGGCAACGGGGUGUGCGACCCCGAGUGUAAUUGGGACAACUUCUUCUACGACAACGGAGACUGCUGUAACCCCAAUGUGACGGAUGUGACCAAGACCUGCUUCAACCGCUCCUCUCCACACAGAGCAUAUCUGGAUGUAAAGGAGCUGAAAGAGAUCCUGAAUCUGGAUGGCUCUACUCACCUGAACGUCUUCUUUGCCAACUCGUCUGAUGAAGACUUGGCUGGAGUCGCCACUUGGCCGUGGGACAAAGAAGCCUUAACACAUUUGGGUGGCAUUGUUCUGAACCCCUCCUUCUACGGCACAUUUGGUCACAACCACACCAUGAUCCAUGAGAUCGGCCACAGUCUUGGGCUGUACCACGUGUUCCGGGGGAUCUCAGAGAUUGAGUCGUGUAACGAUGCAUGUCUGGAGACUGAGCCCUCAUUGGAGACAGGAGAUCUGUGUGAAGACACUAACCCCACUCCCAAGUACAAGCACUGCAGAGACCCUGAGCCUGGCAACGACACCUGCGGGCGUCGACACUUCACAAACACACCGUACAACAACUACAUGAGCUAUGCAGAUGACGACUGUACGAACUCUUUCACCUCCAACCAAGUUGCCCGGAUGCACUGCUACCUGGACCUGAUCUACCAGACGUGGCAGCCCGAGUCCAAGCCACCCCCUGUGCCCAUGGCACCCCAAGUGGUGGAGCAAGAGCAUGCCGCCAUUACCCUGGAGUGGUUCCCGCCUAUUUCCAGCCACUUCUACAACAGAGAAGUGGGAUCAGUGUGUGAUAAAUGCACAGAGGGCCGGGUACUGAUGCAGUAUGCAUCCAACUCCUCGUCCCCACGACCCUGCGCCCCCUCUGGACACUGGAGCCCCCGCGAGGCCGAAGGACCUCCAGACGUGGAGCAGGCAUGUGAGCCCAGCGUGCGUACCUGGAGCCCCAACGCCGGCAUCGAGCAGUGGGUCGUGGGGCUGUCUGAGUGCCCCCUGCAGGGUUGCAUGCUCCAGCUGGUGUUCCCCCACCCACUUGUGCCCGACUCCCUCACCGUGUGGGUCACCUUCUUCAGCCCUGAGGAGAUGGCCCUUCCCGCCAUCCACAACAUCUUGCUCCUGACCGUCAGUGGAAACAACCUCUCGUUGGGUCCUAGUAACGUGUUCUGUGAUGCGCCGCUGACGCUGAAGCUGGACGUGGAGGAAGAGGUGUACGGCGUGCAGUUCUUCACCAUGGAGCAGCAUCUGGAGAUUGAUGCCACCCUACUGGCGUCCAAGCCCGACUGCCCGCUGUGCCGUCACUGCAAGCCACUCAUCCACCGACUGCUGCGUCAGCCACCAUUCUCCCAUACCCCCCAUGGCGUGCUGUUGAACGACCCUGCCAGGCGAUACACUGACAGGGACGUGGUACCAGGCAGUGUGUACACCUACCAGGUCCAAACCAUCUCCGCCCGCAGUGAAAGUGAACCGUCUCCACCCCUCACCCAUCAGCUUGGGGCACCAUACUGCGGAGAUGGACGCAUCCAGAGGUCCCAGGGAGAGGAGUGUGAUGAUAUGAACUCCAUGAAUGGAGACGGCUGCUCCAGCCAGUGUAAGAAGGAGCCCUUCUUCAACUGUGUCGAGGAGCCCAGUAUGUGUUACUUCUACGACGGUGACGGAGUGUGUGAGGACUUUGAGCGGGAGACCAGCGUGAGGGACUGUGGCCUGUACACCCCCAGUGGGUUCCUGGACCAGUGGGCCACAACCGUACAGGUGUCCCACCAGGAGAGUCUCUACUGCCCAGCCGAGGUGGCCGCCGGCUACCCUGCUGUCACUAAAACAUGCCAGUCCAAGGUAUUUGACCUUUCUGACGGAGUGUCCCAGUACGCCUGGUUCCCCUGCAGAGAGGCCCUGCAGUCCUCCAGAUACCCUCAGUACUGGCUCAUGGGCAACUUCUCCCACCCCAUGGUGGCUGCUGCUGUGAUAAUCCACCUAGCUGCAGAUGGUACGGGCUACAUCGACCAGACACAGUGCAACAUCACUGUUAAACUGGUGGACACCAAGGAGGUCAUCCACAGCUUAGGCGAUUGGCGUCUGAGCUGCAGGACCAACCCCCUGGUAAUCCCAGUGAGCCAUGACCUGAGCGUGGCCUUCUACCACACUAAGUCCAUCCUGGUGGAGUUCCGCUCCCACCUGGUAGCCAUCUCUGGCGUGGGCCUGCGCUCCUUCCAGUUCUUUGACCCAAUCACCAUCAGCGGGUGCCAGAGCAACGAGAUCUACAACCCCAUGGGUCAGAGCUGUGUCCAUUACUCGUGUGAGGCCAUCGACUGCCAGGAUCCGCUAAUCCGCAAUGCAGAGCUCAAGUGCAGCAGUCUGGGCUUCUUCAACGGAGCUCGCUGCACCAUCACCUGCAACUCUGGCUACGUCCUGCAGGUCCACAGAGACGAUGACAUCAUCAAGACCCAGUCGGACUCAACAGUGACCAUCACCUGUGCAGAUGGAAAGUGGAAUAAGCAGGUGUCGUGUGAGCCAGUAGACUGUGGCCUACCAGACAAGUACCACGUCCACCCAGCCCACUUUAACUUCCCUGAGGGAACUACUUACGGCAAGAGGAGUACCUUCCAGUGCAGGGAGCCUGCCCAGCUCGUAGGUUCUAACAACACUCUGACGUGUCUGGAGGAUGGUCUGUGGUCGUUCCCCGAGGCGCUGUGUGAGCUGCGCUGUCCGGCUUCGCCCCAUGUGCCCAACGCCAUGCUGCAGACCAAGCGCUGCAACGACACAGGCCUCAAAGUGGGCUCCCUCUGCAAGUACAAGUGCAAGCCGGGCUACCACGUCACCAACAAGCCCAAAAGGCGAGCAUUUAAGCGUCAGUGCACGGAGGACGGCAGCUGGCUGGAGGGGGCGUGCGAACCGGUGACCUGUGACCCUCCGCCCGCCAUCUUCCACGGCAUGUACCAGUGCACCGACGGCUUCCGCUUCGACAGCACCUGCUGGAUCAACUGCCCCAGAGCCAACCACACGGUGAGACCGCUGCACACCGCUCCAUGCAAGCAGCAGGGGCCCAGCACCAAUGUGAUCCGUUGUAGGAAGGACGGCAACUGGACUGGUUCCUUCAAGCUCUGUCCUCAGAGCAAGGGACAGUGCUCUCUACCUCAAAACCUUAACCCCAGCAUACGAGUCAGCUGCAAGAAGGGACAUGGAAUAGGUGAGGAGUGUGAGCUGACGUGCAGGGACAAUAACAGCGAUGUGGUGAUCCUGCUUAGCAACAUGACCGCAGACAGCGUGCGCAAGGAGCACUGGAGAAACCCACCCAAAGUCAAGAAUAUAGUGUGUACAAUGGGACUGAAGUGGUAUCCACAUCCAGAGGUGCUCCACUGCAUCAAAAGAUGUGAUCCGUUCAUUGGAGACAAUUACUGUGACUCGGUCAACAACAGAGCCUUCUGUAACUACGACGGAGGGGACUGCUGCCACUCCACCGUCAAGACCAAGAAGGUAAUCCCGUUCCCCAUGUCCUGUGACAUACGGGAAGACUGUGCCUGCCGAGACCCCAAAGCUGCAGAGAACAGGAAAGAUGAGCACGUUCACUCCCUGGGGUGACACCACCUCCUUGCCCCCCACCCGACCCCCGAACCCUCUCCCCAAAAUCACCCAAACCUGGACUGGGACCGAAGGCGACCCGCCGUCCCCUUCCUCGCCCUAACCUCCUCCACAUGCUGCUUCACAGGAGUAGCUCUCCACCCAUACUGCACCCCCCUAACAGACACCUGCCUCCGACUUCUCCACAUUGGGAAAGAUGAACAGACCAGACUAGAUAGGCUAUAAGGGAAAACCCAUUUCUUAAAGAAAGGAAAGAAUCUGCAAAGUCACCAACCACCAAAACAUCUACAGCAAGAGAAAAAAAGAAAACACAAAUACAAACAUUUUUUGGAAUGAACGAUAUAUAUAAAAAAUGACCCCAAAACAAACCCAGACUGGAUAGCAUGCCUUUGUUUAGUUUGGUGCCAUCUUCCGUGUCCAUUUAAUACCGUACAAUCUCAUAUGAUUCUCUUUCAGUUCCCCCCUACCCCCCAAAAGAAAGUGAGAUAUGUUAUCCAUAUGGAAUCUUAUUUUUUUGGGGGGGGGGUGUAUGCUGAAGUCAUCAAUGGUGGCACUGAUUGACAGACAGAAGGACUAUUGCCAAAAUAACAGAGUGUAUGAACGCACUUGACGUGUCCUCAUGUUGUUUUGCUCCAGAGCUGGUGAGAGUGCCAUUCCUGGAGAUAUCACAGCACAGGGAUCAGGCUGACAGUUCGUGCCCUCUGCCUUCUCUUGAUGGAAAUGCCUUUUCUUUUUCUUCAUAUAUCACAGGCUUAGAAGCUCUGCUCUUACACAGAUGUGAAAUAGGAUAUAGGCGGCCAUAUUGAUAAAGAGAUUCAAACCAGAGAAGUCUAACAUAUUACAGGAAGUGACAUCACAUGCAAUGAAGACAUAUUGCAAUGCAAAAAAAAAAAAAAAAAACGGUUAGUAUGGCUGCUCCUGCUGCUACUACUUUUGCUGCUACUUUGCCAUAUGACCAACUGCAUACUAUUACUACCCAGUGAGGUUGGACGGAGCCAGCCCCGUCUGCCUUAACGCUUACCUCCUAACACCAUGCAUUAGUGGACACUUGUAUCUGCAUGUACAGUACACUCAACUCGAACCUAGAAUAAACACUCCUGCAACAUUGCAAAUGGUUAGUAGAGAAAAAAUACAGUUGCAAUUGCCCCAUAAUGUUGAUGUCUAACCUCAGAAAACAUAACACCUCACAUUUCCAUCAUACCCUUUUGGUUUAUGCAGUCCAAUAGGCCUAAGACUUCAUAGGUUAUUUGUCUAUCAGAGAAUAUACCAGAAAUGUCUCACCAAAAGCAAUGUUGACUCAAUACAAAAUUGCAAUACUUAUUACUGAGUUUAAAAUGACUUCAAGAAUGUGAUUGACACUGAAAACACAGUUAGAACCUGGUGAAUGUAGUCAAUGUUCAUUCACAACUACAUCCUCAAACGGUUUCCAGCAGCAUAGCAUAGCCUUCACCUCAAUAGGCUUAGUUAAACAGUACAUACACAUACAAACAACAUGGAGGCUUUCCUCAUUUUAGUAUAGACAUCUGGAUGUAUUCGUUGUCAACAAGUAGCAUUUAGAACAGCAGUAGUAGUAGUACAGUUUAUGCCGAAGACACUGUUGUCUUCUUCUCUUGAGCCCAAUGGCUUGACAGACUGCAUGUGUUUAGUAGCCCAGCUUGGCCUUUUCUUACCUGCAUUAGUGCUGGAGGUGCCAUCCCUGGCACUAGUAGUGUGACUUUUGUACCUAUCCCCCCAUUAACCACACAACAACCUUUACUUCAAUAGACUCACCUUUCAUAGCCCAUAAACAAAAUGUGCAAAUACAGACACACACACACACCUGUAUAACUGAGUCCUCCUCAUCAGCAUAUUGUCAUGAAGGCUGCUUGGCAUAAGGUCCACAGGCUGCUGCUCCAUGUUUCAGCCAUCGCUGGGCUAUCUGGUCAUAAAUGUAUACAACCCUGUGUAUUCCUCUUAGGCUGCGUUCACACAGGCAGCCCAAUUCUGAUCUUUUUUUCAUUAAUUGACCGAUCACAUCAGGUCUUUUCACAUCAGCUCUGAAAAAGACCAAUCAGUGAAGAAAAUAUCAGAAUUGGGCUGCCUGUCUAAACGCAGCCUUAGGGCUUUUUUCAGUCCAUAUCUCGGAAGUUCAGCGUCACAGCUUGAUUGAAAUUUAAAGGCAUUUGUUCCCGUGUUAGCGGAGACUGCAUUCACUGUAAACGCUGCAUAUAUCGACUCAAUCGGGAAAUAACCUUUACAUUUUUCUAGCGCACAAUCUGUAACGCUUAGAGCCCUUGAAUAGAGCCCUAAACUCUCUCAUCUGGUAUGGACCAAUGGGAUGGUCCCUUUGACUCCUCAACAUAGGCUGCUAUAAGGCAUUCCAGAAUAUUCCCAUACACCUUUCAGUUCUGACCAAUCACUGGUCAUCAUACAGACUGAGUAGAGAGAUAGUAGGACAAUACCACAUCACACAGUAAAGUAGGGAGACAUUUCAACGUCAAAUGUACAAUGUAAAUAUGACAUUUUCAGUGUAAUACUGCUUUUUACGCCCGUAGAGGUGAAAAAAAAACUAAAACUUUACAAUUGUUCUCCUGUUAAAUUUUCUCAUUUGUUUCAUUUUUACAAAAUGUCGUAAUAUUUCAUCAGUAUUUGUAUUAUUUACCUCAGUUACUGCACUUUUAGGUUGCCUUUUAAGAAGAAAAAUAUAAGUCAAAACGUUUAGAAGCUGCUAUUGUCAGAAAGGUGAUUUGAAAAAGUGUAUGAUGUUUUUGUCAUUUGACACUCCUAUGCUAUUACUAUUAGCUUUCCUGUGAUUAGCAUCGUUGUAUUCCCACUCGUAUCCAUUAUCAUAUGAUUACGAUAUUAUUGUAUCAAGGCUAUAUAACCUGGGACUUGCGCCAUUUUUUAAAAUGUAGGUUCAAAUAUAAAAAAGUCAGAUGUACACGUUUUGAAUUAUUAUACAUGAUAUGAAAGCAUUAAUGUAUUUUGUGUUCCUCCUGGUUAGGAGACAAACUUUACAUUUUUUCUCCAUGGUUUGUGUAAUGCAACAUCUUAUGUAUUUGAUGCAAAUUGUGGCGUGGAAACCAUGGAACCAUGGAGAACGGAUAACUAAAUGAAGAAACUACCCAAAAAAAAGUGACUCUAGAAAGUUGCAGAAUUUAAAGACUUUAAAAACCUGAGUGAAGGAACUGUGGAGACUACAUUCAUUGUUAUAUAGCCUACAUCAGCUUUGACAAUUGUGCAUUUAACACUUUAUACAAUAUAUAUCCCUGGUAAAAUGAACUGUGUUAUGUUGAUAUAAUCAAAUGGUAUGAAAUAAUACUCCAAAUACUGCUGCUUUCAUUAGAGAUAAUACUAGUAGGGAGAGAUUUAACAGCACUACACAAAGCCAACAACCGUACUUUGGAUUAUCAUCAUCUGCCAACACUCCCACAGGAUUUCUAAAAAGCCAUCCAUAGACUAACCCAAGGGUUAUCUUGCCAUUGGACCCUCCCUUCCCUCAAACUGGACAAACAUUAUAGACCUGUCAUCUCUUUCACCCCCCCCCCCUUCUUUCACUUAUCUACAGCUCCUGUCUUUGACACUGUCUUGUGUCGUCAUCCUCAUCAAUGUCAUUACAAAGUCCGGAGACCAGAAACAGUGACUCUCUGAGAAAGGGAUAUGACAGUCUUUACAGAAUGUGACUGCUUCUGUGUCAACAUGUACACAGCCCAUGAUAUAUGGUCUGGCUUUAGUCUUCUGAUGUGUUCUCUGUACUGGACAAGGUACUGUUCCAAAGCCAUAAAGCCAGGAUGUUAUGAAAUGAAGUUUCAGAUGUGAUGUUUUGUAUACGAGAACAUCACCUCUCUACUGUAAGCCACCACAGGAUACCUUUGCUGUACCUCAUGCCUGUAAUGUUUGCUGCUUCUAUGUGUUGGUAUUUAGUGAUUUUUUGCAUCUCUUAGCAAUGGUGUAAAUAGUAGAACUAUUUAUUGAGAGUGUUAUACUUUUUUAAGUUAUAUUUAAUGUUCAUGUAAAUUAUUUUUUACAUUGCUCUUAUAAACAGACAUAUUGGUUGUGAGUUAAAAACGUUUUUUUCUCUUC